GUUGAGGGCGUCCAGCGCGCACCGGUAACCUCUCAUGGGGAGUUCUUGUGUUUUACUCGUUAUUGAGCGCAGAAAACGCCACAGCUUCAUCCUGUCGGUCUGUUAUUGAGGUGCGGACUUCAUUUAAUCGCGUUCUUUUCUCUCUCUUGGACGCUAGAUGUUUCUGACAGCUGACAGCGGUGUGGAUCAUCUAUAGCUUCUUGUUCCAGCGGAAUUUCGCGGCGCGUAUAUUUUCGGUAACUUAUUUCCGAAGCGCAACGAUCCAUGUCGAGCGCGUUUAUCUCGGUGAAUUAACAACUUCUUGUCCUGUCGAAGAUCUCACUUGUCCUCAUGGAUAUUUAUUCCUCCAAACUAUCACCCGCUGUGGAUUAUGUAGUUGGUGCGUUCCUGCUGCUCAUUGCAAUUCUUUCCAUUGCGGGGAAUUUGAUGGUUCUUGUGAUGGCAUACAAGCGGUCGAACCACAUGAAGCCUCCUGAGAUUCUGAGUGUGAAUCUUGCUGUGACAGAUAUGGGAGCCGCUGUCACCAUGUACCCGCUGGCUGUAGCCUCAGCGUGGAACCACCAUUGGAUAGGGGGAGACAUCACCUGUGUGUACUACGGCCUGAUGGGAUUUUUCUUUGGAGCAGCUAGCAUUAUGACCCUAACAAUUAUGGCUAUUGUUCGCUUCAUCGUGUCUUUAACGCUCCAGUCACCCAAAGAGAAAAUCAGCAAAAGGAACGCUAAGAUCCUUGUGGCGACCACUUGGCUGUACGCGCUGCUCUGGGCUCUUUUUCCAUUGAUUGGCUGGGGAAAAUACGGCCCGGAGUCCUUUGGCCUGUCUUGUACUCUGGCCUGGAGAGACAUGAAGGAACAUAGCCAGUCUUUUGUCAUUACCAUCUUCCUUAUGAACCUCAUCCUCCCAGCCAUCAUCAUCAUCUUAUGCUACUCUGCUAUAGUUGUGAAACUAUACAUCACCUACAAGUCUAUGGACGACACCAACCGCAUACCUAACAUGAUAAAGAUGCAGCGGCGACUCAUGGUGAUCGCUGUAUUGAUCAGCAUUGGGUUUGUUGGCUGCUGGGCACCAUAUGGCAUCAUCAGCCUGUGGUCCAUCUACCGGCCCAGUGACUCAAUCCCUCCUGAGGUCAGCAUGCUACCUUGUCUGUUCGCCAAGUCGUCCACUGUGUACAACCCGUUCAUCUACUAUAUCUUCAGCAAGGCCUUUAAACAAGAAGUCAACCAGUUGGGCCACCUCUGUGGGAGAUCCAACAUCUGCUGUACUUCUGAUGCUAGAAACAGCCCAGAGAAUACCAUCUACCUCGUGUGUGACAUGAACAAGUCCAAAUCUGGAGCAGAAGAACAAACAAUCGAGAACAACAGGGAGAAUGAGAAUCAAACUGAUGCCAAAUCAGUAGGAUCUGGGAUGUACACUCUUAAGAGUGAAUCUGUACAGAACUCUGAUUAGUGGAAACUUUUGAGUUAUUUUUGCCUGGUUAAAGGCACACAGAGUGGUCCGUGGACACUUGAAUGAACAUUUGUUUCUUUUUUUCAUUCCACCAGCUGCAAUACCACUCCAUAUCAUUGUAUGGCAUAGUGCAUGGCUGUGUGAUAUUAGAAAUGAGGCGUUUAGAUGUUGUCUAAUGGAUUUCAUGAUAAAAAGUGUCAUUUUGUUGACACAUUGAAUACAUUCCAAGAGAAAUUAUCUUUAUUCAAAUGGUUCGGCAUGAAAAUUCUGUCAUGAUUUACUUACACUCAUGUCAUUCCAAACCUGUAAGAACCCAUAUUUUAGGUUCAUUGACAUUGUGCAUAAGCUUAUGCUUUUAUUAGUUGCAUGGUGAUUUAUACUGCCAGACUCCUUAACGGCCAAAAAGCACAUUAAAGUAUCAUAAAACUAGUCCAUAUGAUCCAUGCAAUAUAUUCCAAGUCUCCUUACGUUAUAUAAUGGCGUUGCAUCACAGUGAAAUUUAAGUUGUUAAGCUGUCAAAUAUUUUCUGUGUUUUUAUUCAGUUUAUGAAGGCACUGUAAAUGUAAUUGUGUGUGUGUGUGUGUGUGUGUGUGUGUGUGUGUGUGUGUGUGUGUGUGUGUGUGUAUGUGUGUGUGUGUGUGUGUGUGUGUGUGUGAUUUUACAGUACUACUGUAUUUAGUAAUUGCUAGUUUUAUUGUAAAUAUGUACUAAAUUUAAUACAGACUUGCUUUCUGCUCCCUGAUAUCUUUAUAUAGAUUAUACAUAUUACACAUAACAUCUAUAGAUCUUUGUUACCGUAGUGUGUCAAAUCAACAUACCAAUUCAAACAGCACAAUUAGCGCAACACUUUGCAGUAGGAUAUACAGGUUGUUUUCCACCAUUAAUGAGAAUGUUUGCGGUGGUUCACCCUGCAGGCUCUGUCUGUCUGUGAAGCACAUGAUAUCCUUUUAUGAAAAGGACUUUUUAUUCUGCAUAUUACCUGGGGAGGAACAUAAAAAUACAGCUCUGGAGAAAAAUUUUGAGAGCAUUACAAAAUAAUCAGUUUCUCUGGUUUUACUAUUUUUAUCAUAGGUAUGUGUUUGAGUAAAACAAUUUUCAAUAAACAUUAUUCUAUAAACUAUUGACAACAUUUCUCCCAAUUUCCAAAUAAGAUUUGUCAUUUAGUAUAUUCAUUUGCAGAAAAUUACAACUGGUCAAAAUAACGGACCUCGAAUAAUGCAAACAAAACAACUUCAUAUUAAUUCGGCCACAUUCCAGAGGUUUUCAGUGAGGUUCAGGUCUUGAGAAUGGGCUGGCCAUGACAGGGUCUCGAUCUGGUGGUCCUCCAUCCACACCUUGAAUGUCCUGCUGGAAAAACCAAUCCUCAAGCAGGAGGAAGCUAGUUUUCUUCCAGGACAACCUUGUACAUGGCUUGAUUCAUGUACCCUUCACAAAGAUGAAUGUGCCCCAUUCCAGCCUUGCUGAAGCACCCCCCAGAUCAUUACUGAUCCUCCAAUUUCACAGUGGGUGCGAGACACGGUGGCUUGUAGGCCUCUCCAGGUCUCCAUCAAACCAUUAGACGUCCAGGUGUUGGGUAAAGCUGAAAAUUGGACUCAUCAGAGACGGUUCAAUCCUUACUGCCUCAGAUUCCAGAUGAACACAUAUAAUCAAUAAAGUUGUUUAACGCAGUGAAACGUCCCAGUUGGAGCAAUGCUUGUCCUAUCAGAUAAAGUUUUACUAUGGAAAUAUACUCACUGCACUGAAAAAUGUUCACCAAAUUCUUUUCCAAUAAACAUUACA